AUGACGUCAGCACCUGGUGAACGCGAAUCGGGCAGAAAUAGAGUUCCGCCUGACGAUUCUUACGUAAAUGAUUACAGAUGAUUUAAUUGAUCAAAUUAAAAUCUGUAAAAGCCAGAAGAAUCGUAAUGAAAUGAAGUAUAUCUAGGUAAAUUUAAAAUCAACAAAUUAUCACUAAAUGAAAUGUAAAUUAAGUUGAAAGUAGGAAAACAAAGUUCCAGCGUCGCGAUGGUGAUACAUCGGCGAUGCACUAGAAUCCUGAGCAUUCGGGAGGAUCGUCGUGCAGUGUCCAUGGCCUCGAAGGCUCUCCUUGGACAAGGACGACGUGGGCAAUCUCUAGAUCUCCUUACGAAGUCUAAAGAUCAAUGAAGUGGGUCGUCAAAUCGUCUCCAGCAGCUGUCACCCGGCAGAGCGGAAAAACGGCAACUUUGCGGCUCUCUGGCGGCUGUUACCCGACGAAGAGGAACUGGAUGGAAGUGGGGCAUGUGUCAGGGAGCUUCAUCCUCAGGUCUGCGCAGCAAGAGGAGGCUCUUCAUCACAUCUGGUACGCUCUCAAGAGGAGGUGACUCGUCUCCCGGCGGAUCGUCUUCUUUUCGACGACAACUUGUUCGUCAAUCAAUCAGAGAUGCUUUACUCAAUGAUUCGCGAUCCUUUUAUCGCAAAUCAUUCAACAAUUUUAGUAACAAUGCUCUGCGAAUCGUGUUGACGAGAUUUUCGCCGAUGAUCUAGCAAUUCUGGUUGCUUAAUCCUUCACCGGCGAUCUACAAAAAAGUCGCGAUAAUCAGAUAAAAAAUAUGAGUUUUGGCUCUGGGAGGAUUCGAACCCCCGCCGAUUGCCUGCCCUUUUUGGGGAAGGUGACGUGGGUUUAGUCCCACAUCGGUUGUGCGCCGACGUUUCUAGUGAAUAUAAAGUAAUAUUACAUUCCCGAUCAAGUCUCUUUCUUGCGCGUGUACGACCACUCUUUGUCCCACAGCCGGCUGACCACUAGUGACGUGGAAGGGGAGUGGCGCACACGUGCCCCCAUUGGUUCAAGCCGCUCGAGCCCCUACUUGCGGCUCCUACCCGAUUGCGCUUCCGACCUACUUGCGGGCCCAGCUGGCCAGCGGGUCCCCCUCAUUUUGCUAUAGUUUUAUUUUAAUUUCUUUUCCUUCAUUUAUCUCAAAAGUAAGACUGUAAAAGUCAUAUAAAAUCACAUAAUUAUCCAAAAAUUCACGUUAAUCAACUGAAAACUACUUUUCACACUUUAACACAAAUAUAAGGCUAUUUAUCAUGAGUUAAGGCUAAAACUAUAUUAUUUACUAAUUAUUAACUCAUGAUAAUGAAGACUUAUCAGUUACCCUCUUUUUUAAUCUGAUGCAACCCUUGACUUUUGAUCUUCAUUAUUGUCUUUUUUUCUAUAAGAAAAUAAAAAUAAAAAUUAGAUUUUUUGCUGACUUUAAGAGAAAAAAAUUUGCAUGAUGUAAUACAUACCCAAAACUAAUGCUAAAAUUUAGCAUACCUAAUCGUUUUAUAAUAACUUAAGUAAAUUUUAAAUUUAUUAAACUAAAAAAAAUACUUUUUAAAUUUUUAGAAAUAGCUCUCCAGCAACUAUCACCCGAUGAAGAGGAGCUGGAUGGAGGUGGGGCACGUGUUAAGGAGCUUCAUCCUCAAGUUUGCGUAGCAAGAGGAGGCUCUUCAUCGCAUCUAAUACGCUCUUAAGAGGUGGCGGAUUGUCCUCUUCUCGAUGACGGCUUGUUCUUCGAUCAAUCGGAGAUGAUUUACUCAAUGGAUUUGCGAUCCUUUUAUUGCGAAUCAUUCAACAAUUUUAGUAACCAUGCUCCAUGAAUUGCAUUGACGAGAUUUUUGCCGAUGAUCCAGCGAUUUUGGUGGCUUAAUCCUUCACUGGUGAUCUGUAGGAAAGUCACGAUAAUCAUAUAAAAAUACAAGUUUUGACUUUGGGAGGAAAGUCGCAAUGAGUCUUUUUCUCUCGCGUGUACGACCACUCCUUGCCUCACAACCAGUUGGCCACUAGUGACGUGGAAGGGGAGUGA